GAGCGACUUGAUGCCCUACUGAAGAAGGCAGCAGACAGGGACCAUAAGUUAAAUGCGGGGAAACGAGCCUAUUCUGGAACACCAACUAGACGUGCACCAACCCGCAGCUCUCACUCAGAGCCCCGCCCAAGACCCCGCAGUUUUGCCGGGCGAUUACCAGAUUUUGCUCGCCCUACUAUGUCAUCUGAAGCGAUGGCUGGGCGCCCGGUUGAGCGUUGUCCGUUUAAUGUGGAGUCCAAAGGUACACCUGAACGUCGUGCCCAGAGUGCGGAUCCUCUGGCCCGCAGGUCCAUCACCCCUUUGAACCCUUCUAUACAGAGGUCCAUAGAUCGACUCUCUGCUCCCAAGACACAGCCUUCGGUCAGGGCUGCUUCAGCGUCGUCACCAACAAAGGAUCAUACCACCCCCACAAGGGCUGCUCCCUCUCCACCCCCUAAAAGGACCCCACCACCUCCAAGGGCAGCCCCGUCCCCUCCUCCUAAAUCAGCCUCAUCAAUGCCUAAGUCAGCAUCUUCUACCCCCAAAAAUGGCCCCUCUACCCCCAAAAAUGGCCCCUCUACCCCUAAGGCCACUGCAUCGCCAAGAAGAGAGAAACCUUCUCCAGCCAGAGAAAUGUCUAAAUCAGCGCAACAGAAAGUGCCACCUAGCUCCGAGAUGACCAAGUCAAUGGAUAGACUAUCAGCUCCCAAAGCUCGUACAACACCGGUGAAAGAAAAUAAAACAAAAGAGGAAAAACCAAAGGGUCCAAUGAAAGCCACCCAGCCUUUACCCAAACCAGCACCUAAAAAUAACAAUGUCAAGCCUAUCAAGAAAAAGUCUCCGAAGGAUUCACCUGCUAGCACACCAGAUCGUGAAAAAUCUCCCGCAGUUUCUAAAAUUGAAGCCGCUCCAGCACAGAACAAAAUUACUGACCAAAAAGAAAGCAAGUCAGUCCCACAACCAGUUGAGACAUCUGCACCAGAAACUAAGACAUCUGCAGAAAGUAAAAGUUCAAGUGAGAAGAAAUCUAAUGAAAAGGGUGAGAAAAGUGCUAAUGAUAUAUCACAGGAAGAGUAUAAAGCUAAGAUUGCAGAGAAAAGGAGGCAAGCUAGAGAGAAGGCUGAGAGGGAAGCGGAGCUGGAGAGACAGAGGAUAGAGGAAGAAAAGCGCAAAGAAGAGGAGAGAAUACGUCUUGAAGAAGAGGAGCAAGCAAGAUUUGAGGAGGAACAAGCCAGACUUGCAGCAAUAUCUAGGGCAGCUGAGGAGGAGCGACUCAGACAGGCCAUUGAGGCAGAAGAGAGGCGUAAGAAGGAAGAAGAGGAAAGACAGGAGAGGGAGAAAAAAGAGAAAGAAGAAGCUGACAGAAAAGCCAAGGAAGAUGCCGAGAAACAGGAGAAGGAAAAGUUAGAAAAGAAGAAGAGAGAAGAAGAUGAACGUCUGGAGAGGAAGAAGAGACUUGAAAUGAUCAUGAAGCGUGUGAAAACAGACAACACUGAUAAUAAGUCUGAUGGUAAUUCCCGUCCAGGAAGUGUUUCACCCCCAGAAUCUAAAACACCAGACGAGGCUGUAAUCGACACCACACCCGUCAUCAAAACAACUGAGGCGCCCCCUGCUGUUGUAGCAGCCAAAGAGGCUUCACAGAAUGAAGAAGCCCCGAAAUUUAAGUCACCAUUACUUCAGAGCCUUCUUGGUAAAAAACGUAAUCAAGAUGGCGACAUGAAAAGAAGCACGGAUAAUUUAUUAGAAGAAAUGAGAAAAAGUAGUAGUUCAGAGAAUCUUUCCUCCACUGGUAUGACUGAUAGUAUGACCAGAAGUGUUACAGAACGAAUGACGCAGAGCGUGAUUGAGACUGUGACACAAAAUGUAAUAACAGAGGGUACAGAAAGCCUAACAGCAAAAAGCACGGAAACAUCUGACAAAGAGAAGGAAAAUGGCGAUGAUAAAGAUGUUGAUACAACAGAAACUGUUGAUACAAAUGACAACAGCUCACUAGAUGAAGCUAGCGAAACCAAGGUUGUGGUAACAACUACAACGGAAAACUUAACAGAAAGCAUUGAAACAUCUGCCAAAGAGAAGGAAAAUGGCGAUGAUAAAGAUGUAGAUACAACAGAAAGUAUGGAUACAAAUGACAACAACUCACUAGAUGGAGCUAGUGAGUCCCAGGUUGUGACAACUACAACUGAAAUUUCCAAAAGCGAAAGCCCAAUAGCUGAAUCCACUGAGAGUGAAGUCAUCUCCACUGAAGUCAUAACAACGACCCAGACAACAACUGUUGUAAACACUAUCAAUGACAAUGCUAAUGACAGCACUGAUGGGGACACAAAUAAAGGGGAAGUAGAUAAUAAAAAUGCCGGAGUUCAUGACAACACGGCUAACUUAGCUCAUGAAUAUGUCAAAACUGUGAUUCAAAAUAGUCAAGAUAUGCUUAAUGUAGAUGAAGAUGAAUUAGGGGCGGGGGACAUUCAUAAUGACUCGCAUAGCAAUGGUAGUGAUCAAUCUGAUCAUAUUGCCAUGGAAACAGCAGUUGCUAUGGAAACAAAUGGUGAUUCAAAUACAAACACUACCACUAAUGUAACCAAGACAAUAGUUGUACACAAGGAGGGUGAACCCUCUGAAUUAAUGGAUUUAAAUGGUGAUUUUAAUAUAGAAGAUGCUAAGACUACAACUACCGUUACUAAAACUAUUAAGACAGUCAAUGGAUCCAUGGAAGGAAUCGAUUUGGAUAACAUUGGACUAAUAGACACUAAAAGUGGUGGAUUAAUCCACAGUCAAACCACUACAACAAAAACAACAACAGUGUUACAGUCUGGAGAGUUAACGACUGAUCAGACAUCAUCGAACACAUUUGAUCAGCUGAUUGAUCUAAACCAGUUCCCAGCUCAGAGUGGAGAGGGUGAUGGUCUCGAUCUAAUCAACUCUAACAAAUUAACUACAAAUCCUCUUAUAGCCUUUGAGGAUAAUGCAGUCACGAAACCUCAAGAAAAUAUCACAGAUCUACUAUCCUGAGGUUUUGAACAAUAGAUUGAGGACUAUAUGAAUAUAGGGAUCGAUCAUUCUGCUGAGUGGCAGCAUAUCUUGUGAGAAUUGAGAUUUGGUCUUUCUCGUGUUCUGCCUAGCUGCAGAGAAUGACCGAUCAUUCCUGAUUUACUGCUAUUGCCCCUGACAUGCCUGAUCCAUAUACUGUUCAGACAGACAGUAGUGUAAACAGUAUUCAAGAUGGACUCUGAGGAUUGGUUGCUAGGUAACUUGGGAAUAGAGUGAGCCUGAAGAUAACAGACACCAUUGGGAGUGAACAGGUUCCAUAGAGGACAGUUUCAAUUUUAAAAAAGUCAUGUCUAUUGUCUAGCACCUGUUAUGUGCUAAUCAUAAUUAUGUGCUAAUAAGAGAGUUCCUCACAUGCUCUCUAUACAGUACAUGUAUAAUAUAAUACAUAUUGCCUGAACACAUGAGGACACAAACUAUGAAUACACAAUAAUAUUUGCCUACAAGCAUGAGAAUUACAACAUAACAUAUAGAAACCAAUUUGGUGCCGAGAUUAAUAUUAAAAUAAUUGUGCAAUAUCACCACCAUUACAUGUCUUCUGCAAACACUGAACAUAGAAUUAAGGGUGCUAUAUUAUAUAUGUGGGCUAUUGAUUGAGGAUAUCUAAUGACAUUUGUGUCCAAAAUUUAGUAAAAUUACAGAGGUCGAAUCUAAGAUGUAUCUUAUUUAUAGGAAUACCGGAAAAUCACAUCUUUGAAUUCCAAGUGGUUAUACAGGUUGGAGCUACUAAAACCUUGAGAGUCAAGAUGUGAAAAUCAGCCAUUUGGUUCAAAUUUUGAAGAAUAAUGGAUUGGAAUCCGCCUGACCAAAACAUGAUCAUUUCACAUUUUAUUCAAAUGAUAUUACUAUUAGAAAAUUAACAAGACUACAUGAUAUUAUAUGUUGAUUUUAUUUAAUAUUAAGACUAUGGUGUAAUCAUACAAAGUACCUUGACAUAAUAGAUUGAAAAACAAGACCCCUUAUAACCUCUAUUGCUUCUCUAUUAUACUUUAGGGGUCUAUUUAUUUAUUGCAUAGAUAGACUGGUUUUAGGGGGUCUUGCAAUUAGGCUAUGUUUCAAAUAUGUAGAAAAGAAAAUUCACGGAUACCUGCACAUGUAUAUCAAUCUACACUGCCUCACAUAAUAAUUAUAAAUGUUAAUGCAUUAUGAUAAAACUGUUCCACUUCACUGAGAAUUCAAGUCAUGGUGGUUAUGUUUCAAAUGAUCUAAUUUGACAGAAUUAAAAUUAAUAUAACUGCAUACAUAAUAGAUAAACAAAAGAAACUUAAAAAUUUCUGUGUCUGGGAACUGCCUAGGGUCUCCAUAUACCCCCUCCAUCUUUUCACAGAAUAUUGUCAAAGAUACUAGGGGGGUAGAUUGGGACUUUAUGGAUGCAUGGAUGGUUUCAGUGAUCUCCCCAACAUGGAAGCAGAAGAAAUAGGCUUGUAUCCACUCUAAAACCUGUUAAAAGAGAAUUAUCAUGAAAAAUUAUUUUAUGUUACUUUUUCAGAAUUGUGAAUGUAAGACUUUGGUUUCUACUUGUGAAAAAUCCUGGGGAGAACACUUAACUAUGUCUGUGCUUGUAUGUGACAAGCAUCUCCAUAUUUGUACAUAGAGUUAUAAUAAAUUGUAUGUGUGCCAGUUACAUAAUUUAUUCCUUAUUAGGCCCUAGGUUACAAUAGAAAGCUGUGUUGUCAUGGUGAUACAUUGUGAUACUAUAGUUGAUGCAGUAUCAAGGGGGAUUGGAAGCCAGUGUUUCAACUCGAUAUCCUUUAAUCUCCAACAUGAUGCGAUAUUUCUACGGCUGCAAUGAGAAUGGCUGAUAUUCUUGACUUUGAAUUUCGUAUCCACGACAUGAUGAUGUGAUACCCUUAUAUGGAAAGUGGCGUCCCUGGGAGCCAAUCCUCCU